CAGUUCUUCCUCCGUCUCUCAGAGCUCUUCGAUGAGCCACGACAGAAGGAUCAUGGAAGCAUCCAUCUGACUCAGAAGAGAAUGGCGUACGGCGAAGACACGGACGUCGAGGCCUCAGAACCCACAAUAGAGCAACCAUUCCCAGACCUGAACCCUUCCAAACCAUUUCCGAUCUUAAUCCGAGCCACAAAUGGCAAAUCGAAGGGAAAAAGAGAUAAGAAGAUCAAGCUAUCGACAGUUGUGGGUGCAGAUGCUUUAGAUGGUUUCUUUGCCAAAUAUGCGGAGGUUUGCAAGCUGGGUAUGUCGGGACUGAAGAAGAGGGACAGAAGCAAACAAAAGGAGAAAUUAAAAGCGAAAAAGAAGAAGCAGGGUGGCGGUGUUACGGGGGGUGAAGUCAAGAAGACUUAG